UAAACGCAUUUCUCUCUCUCACACACAGACACACACUGUAUCUUGUAUCUUCUUUCUAUUUUUUCUCUUUUUUUUUCCAAAUCUAAUCAUACAAAUUCAAGGGUUUUUGAUUCAUUGUUAUACCAAUUCUUCUACUUUUUCCAUUUUCCUUCACAUUCAGAGAAGGAAAAUUAACAAAAAAGCCAAUUCUUGAAAGCUAAACCAAUACAAAGAUUGGCUUUUUAGCUUUUUUUGAUACAUACCCAUAUAGUUUUAUGAGGAUUUGAAGAUCAAGAAUCUACAAAUUCCUUGUUUUGAUAUCAUUUGGGAGGUGGGUUUUUGUGGGUUGUGAAGAUAAUGCAUUAAAUCUUGAAAUUUUCUUGUAAAGAUUUGAGCUUUUUUGUUGAAAUGGGGUUGUUGGUUUUGCAUUGGAAUCAUUUGAUUUUGAGGUUGUUUAGGUAAAGGAAUUUAGAAGGAAGAUUUGUUUUUUUUUGUUGUUGUUGUUGUUGUGUGUUUGGAGGAAUGGAUACUAAAAGUAAUAAAGAUUUAAAAGGGGAGAAAAUUCAGUAUGUUGAUAGUGUGGAAGCUCUUCCUAAUUCUGUGUUGAAUGGUGGAAAAGAUGAAGAUGAUGAGUCUAAAGCAUUGUUGCCUUCUAGGAAAGGUGGAUUGUCAAAAAAGAUAGCUAAGCCAAAGAGGAAAGUUCAGUGGAAUGAUACAAAUGGGAAUAAACUUACUGAGGUUUUGGAAUUUGAGCCAAGUGAUGCAAGUGACUCGGAUGACGAUGAUUCAGAUUCUUGCAUUUGUAGGAUAAUGUAGUUCUUAUUAAAUGCAUUACCAAACCAAUUGUGAAUCAAGAAUGUUGAAUCUCCUUCGAAUCACAUCUUUAUAGCAUACAAUAACAGCAGUUUUUAAGAGAGUCGACUGUCUCUAAUUUGGUUCAAGUUAUCUGAGCCAAAUGAAACGACCUUUCUCGUUGAACACAAUCAAAUAGAGAGAAUAACUUCCUCUAUUGUAUAAUGUAUAUGAGUGCUUCGAGUUAUAGUAGAUAACAUACAGAACCCUUCAGGUUUUCUUGUUUUCUUUUGCUUAAUUAUAAUGUAUAUGAGUGCUGAGCCUUACAGAUGAUGACUUUGUUCUAGCAAGAAUGAUUUUAUAACAUCUUUAA